GUGUUGGGAUUACAGGCGUGAGCCAGUGCACCUGGCCCUCCUCUUUGUUCUGAAAUACCACUUCCUCGUACUACUAGGUGUUAACUAUACAGUGGUCCCCCUUAUUCUCAGGGGAUACAUUCCAAGACCCCCAGUGGAUGCCUGCAACUGCAGAUGGUACCAAACCCUAUACUAUUUUUUCCUGAACAUACAUACCUAUGAUAAAGUUUAACUUAUACAUUAGGCUCAGCAUCCUUGUGUUUUGGGACCAUUAUUCAAUAAAAUAAGGGUUACUGGAAUAUAAGCACUGUGACACCAUGACAGUGAACCUGAUCUGCUGCCUUGGCGACUCUGGAUCUCUGUUCCAAUAGUGAAAUGUCACACUGCAAACUCUUGGCCUGGGGUAUAGGACUUAAGUGGCUCCAGGACUGAUUUCACUGCCAUCACUUAUACAUGGUUAGAUCUGGGUUCAACUUGUUUGCUGUGAGCUAAGUGUCUGAAUGUCUCCAUGUUUAUAAAACUUUAAAACUACAGAAAAAUUGCUAAAGACAAGAAAUUUGGAAAUAUAUUUACAAUGCAAUUUGGAAAGUAAACAGAAAGGAGGUAUACUAACUGGGCUAGAAGAUUAUAGCUGUAAAUUGUUGGGACUUAAGUAAAACCACACAUUUAGACAAACAGUUUCUCAAUCUUUAUCCAGAAGCUCCUACUAUUCAACAUAUCUCCCACACAUCCGCAUCCAAAGAGCAGUCAGUUUAGAUAAAAGUUUGAGAAACAGAAUCAGGGCCAAAGGAUAAGCCUCUCCUCUACUUCAGAGCACUCAUUGUCUGCCUCACACCCUCUUCUCCCUGAGGACUGGCUGUGUGUUGACUGACCCCAUGUUGGGAUACAUGAACAGUAACAACAGUGGACUCCUGGUCCCUGUGCUGAUGGGAGGCAACAAGGAUAAGCUGCCCUCACACUUGCUAUGCUAAAAGAACAGGAAAUAUUAUUUUACCUGUGGCAUAGACAAAAUGUCUAACAUAGAAGUAUGUUUUAUAGUGGGAAUUUGCUAUACAAAUCUAUUAACUAUAUCCUUUCUCAUUAAAAACUGGCUUAGCUGAAUUAUAUUCAGUCAAAAGUCGGGUUCUAGUGCUAAAAUCAAAAUCCACUUAGGGCUUUUAACAACAAAACCAAAACCCAAAACUGCAGCUAAAACACAUUAGUUCAUAAAGCAAGGGGAAUCUUGCAGUCUCUGGGAAUAAGCAAAAUCCCUCUUUUGCAAGUGAAUAAGUAAAAUCCCUCUUUUACUCAUAAUCCAAAAUAAGUGAAGAAAUUAAAGCUGCAUGAAUGGUUCCUGAAAAAGUUCCUCCGUUUGAAAAAAAAAAUUUCACUAGGUUCAAGUAUUAAAGAAACUACUAUACAAGUUGAAUCCUUGACCCAUUAUUUAGGGCAGCUUCUUUUUACUAUAAUGCCCUGCCAACACAAAACCACUGUGAAGAUCUAGGAGCACAGAGAAUGGCAGUCAAUGCUACAGGGCUCAUGGGUUAUGGGAGAGAACUACAGACGCCACACCCUUGCCUAAGUCUCCCCAUCUCAUAAGCUGGUCAGUGUCCCUGCUGCUGACACUGGGCCCCAGCAUUAUCCAUUCCUUCCCCAACCUCUCCAUUUCUUCACCUACUUGUUCAGUCAGACAUUCAACCACUAUAAAAUGCCUCUUCCCUACAUACAUAUGCAACACAUGCCAACUCUCAAGGAAUGCAACUUAGUGGAGGACAAAAAGCAAGUAAAUAUGCAGUAACAAUGCAAACAUGUGCCACUACAGAGAUAGGUACCAAGUGAUAAGGAACCCUGCAGGGAUGAACAACCAGCCCAGCUUCAGAGGGGCAGAGAAAACGUCCCUGCAAAGGAAGCUAUAAGAAUAAAGAGCAGUAGGCCACUCCAUGAGGUGGGAGAUGGUGGUGAGGAAUGCCUCAGUGGGUGGAACAGCAUGUGAGAGGCAGAAAGAGCAAAUGUAGCCAGUCCAGAGGACUGGAAUGGAUGGAGAUGGGGAAAAAGUGAGAGCUCACUCCACCUAAAGCCAGGCCUAUGGGGAGCCCUCAGGUGCUCCUGGAUGCCUCCUCUAAGAGCCUGGCAAUUCAGAAAAAAGAAUGCCCCUGUGUACCAUAAAGGACUCAAGUCUUAAUGAGAGGACUCUUCUAGACACAUGCCAUCAUUGUAUCUGUUGAUUUUAGCAGCAAUGGGGAAACUAUGCAAUACUUAAUUUUAGGAAAGUCACAAGCUAUGUGAAUAGGGCAAUGGACAGAUAAGGUCUACAGGCAGGAGAUUUCUACCUGGCUGAAAUAUCAAACUCCUAUGUGGUAUAUGAAAUAUACCACCACAUAUAAAAAAUUAAUGAAUGUAAUUCAGCCAUAAGAAGUCCUAUCUAUUGGACAGAUCAAUAUAAUCACCUCCUAAGAAGUUAUUACAGUGGGAGAAACUGGGCCUGGCUUCACCCUGAGUUCUCAAGCAAGUAACUGACCUUAAGUUUCUUUAUUCACACAAGAAAUAGUUGCUAUGGUUGUCUCCAGCACUUCUAAAACCCAUCAUUCUGGCAGGAUGUAACAAUCAAAAGUAUUUUAUCACCAAAGGCAAGGAUUUAAGUAACUUUUCUAAGCCACAGACUUAUAAUGGUUUUAUCUGGGGGAAAAAAAAAUGGAUGGGCCCCAAACUGUCUAAAAUUCAAAAAACAAACACAUUUAAGUUCCUGCACCUUUUAAAAGUUGACAAACCAUGCAUAACCAAAUACAAAGAUAAUUAAAAUUUUAGGAUAAGCAAAUGAGAGGAUAAUUUUUUUUUUAAGAAAUGAGAAAGUAAAAAAAUUAACCCAACGAGGCAGGCAGUGAUUCGUUGCUCACUUCCCCUUCUGCUGGUUUCAUUUCCCUUCUUAGGUGAAAACACUCCUAAUAUGUAAAUCAGUCCACUACAGACUUCAGAGUCCUUUCUGCUAAGAUUUACAGAAAUUUGUAUGCAAAAGAAAUUAUUUCUAGACUUCCAUGUACUGGAAAAGGACACUUACAAAAUACACCAAACUGAAGUGGAUUAAUGUAUGUGGCAAAGCAGAAGCAAGUAACAAAAGAUCCUACUUUUAAACAUUUAGAAAUGUUUAAAUACUAAAAAGUAGAAAUGUCAAUAUUCUAUAAUUUUUAAGAACUCAGUAGUAAAAAGUGAGACUCAAAUCAUUUUGGAGAACCUACUAAGUGCCAGGUACUAUGUUAACUUGGGAUCUUUCUGGUUUACGCCCCUUAGAAUCCUACUGGAUAGCAUUAUCUCUAUUUCAACUGUACAGAAGUGAAGUAGGAACAAUAGCUUAGUCAAAGCGGGUCAGUAACUAGACAAAAUCACGCAGCUUAGAAAGCAAAGAAGCUAGACUUUAAACCCCUUUUACGCAAUAUCAAAUCUCCUUUUCCUUCCAUAGAUGAUGCAGACUUUAAGCAUCAAAGUACACAAACUGAACAAACUUUAUCCUUUGUAUAUAAUUCUCUGAAGUAUAUGCCAUCAUUUCAAGGGGAGCUUAUGCAUAAACAAAUCAUUUGUGAAAGAGAAAAACCACAUCCAGGGUAAAGUCAUAAGGUGAAAAAGCCUAUUUCAGAAAGCACUUCCUGAAAGAGACAAAGCAGCAAUUACAGUCAGCUCAGCACCAACUCCUAUGCCAAGCGUUACACUGGAAGCUACUUUUUAAAGCAACAAACGUCUAAAACAAAAUACAACAUUUCUUAAAUACACUGUUUCCAGAAAGAGCUAUUUUAACAGAGGCAACUCAAAGAUAUCUCUUCAACAGAAGCGGGUAUGCUGAAAAAUGUUCAUCUCUUAUACAGCCUAUUGAUGGAAAGGAGUUUCUAAGUGUCAUGCCUACCAACAAGCUGUAAAAUGAUCACCCUGAACGAUCAAGAUCAACCUGUCCCUUUUAACAACUCACAUCCAGGUGAAUACAAAAUUGCGGCCCUUGUCUUCUACAGCUGUAUCUUCAUAAUUGGAUUAUUUGUUAAUGUCACUGCAUUAUGGGUUUUCAGUUGUACCACCAAGAAGAGAACCACUGUAACCAUCUAUAUGAUGAACGUGGCAUUACUGGACUUGAUAUUUAUCAUGACUUUACCCUUUCGAAUGUUUUAUUACGCAAAAGAUGAAUGGCCAUUUGGAGAGUACUUCUGUCAGAUUCUUGGAGCUCUCACAGUGUUUUACCCAAGUAUUGCUCUAUGGCUUCUUGCCUUUAUUAGUGCCGACAGAUACAUGGCCAUUGUACAGCCGAAGCAUGCCAAAGAACUUAAAAACACUUGCAAAGCCGUGCUGGCGUGUGUGGGAGUAUGGAUAAUGACCUUGACCACGACCAUCCCUCUGCUAUUGCUCUAUAAAGACCCGGAUAAAGGCUCCAGCCCCGCCACCUGUCUCAAGAUUUCUGACAUUAUCUAUCUAAAAGCUGUGAACGUGCUGAACUUCACUCGACUGACAUUUUUCUUCUUGAUUCCCUUGUUUAUCAUGAUUGGGUGCUACUUGGUCAUUAUUCAUAGUCUCCUUCACGGAAGGACGUCUAAGCUGAAACCCAAAGUCAAGGAGAAGUCCAUAAGGAUCAUCAUCACGCUGCUGGUGCAGGUGCUCAUCUGCUUUAUGCCCUUCCACAUCUGUUUUGCUUUCCUGAUGCUGGGAUCAGGGGAGAACAGUUAUAAUCCCUGGGGAGCCUUUACUACCUUCCUCAUGAAUCUCAGCACGUGUCUGGAUGUGAUUCUCUACUACAUUGUUUCAAAACAAUUUCAGGCUCGAGUCAUUAGUGUCAUGCUAUACCGUAAUUACCUUCGAAGCAUGCGCAGAAAAAGUUUCCGAUCUGGUAGUUUACGGUCACUAAGCAAUAUAAACAGUGAAAUGCUAUGAAUAAUAGAAAGGUUUUUUUACUUCAAUCCCAUUAAAAUUCACUUUACGAACUAGUCUGGGGUCAAUGAGUAUUCUGUAUAAUACUAUCAAGUCCCUUUUCUCUUGAAAAAAAUAAAUUCAUUAUCUUCAUUUAAAAAACUUAGAGAAAACAUUUUUGUGAAUUAUU